AUGAAGGCCACGCCGCUCAUCAUCAAUUGGCACGACCAAAACGCCCCUGUCUACUCGGCACACUUCGAGCCAGGUGGGAGGGGUCGUCUUGCUACUGCCGGUGGUGAUAACCACGUUCGAAUUUGGAAGGUUGAGUCCGAUGGGCCGGAGCGAAAAGUCGAAUACCUUUCGACCCUGUCCAAGCAUAACCAAGCUGUAAAUGUAGUUCGCUGGGCUCCAAAAGGUGACGACGGCAAUGUCAUUCUCUGGGUACCCAGCGAACUACCGCCCUCUAACUUUGGCGGAGACACACAGGACGACAAGGAAUCAUGGAGGGCGAAACACAUGUGCCGUUCUAGUGGAGCAGAAAUAUAUGACUUGGCCUGGUCUCCUGAUGCCAUGCACUUCAUCAUUGGAAGCAUGGAUAACAUUGCUAGAAUAUACAAUGCCAACUCCGGAACUCUUGUGAGACAAAUUGCCGAACAUAGUCAUUACGUCCAGGGCGUCACCUGGGAUCCUUUAAACGAGUACAUUGCCACACAGUCUUCCGAUCGAUCUGUCCAUAUUUACUCCCUCAAGACGAAAGACGGCCAGUAUACGCUCAGUCACGAUGACAAGCCUCCGCGUCUGGCUAGCCACAUUAAGGCUGAUUUGCCGCCUCGACGAAUAUCAUCAAGCAGUCCUGCCCCUCCGGACUUUGGUCAUCGGGCACAGCUUUCAAUGGCAGAGUCGGCAACCUCUGUCGGCUCGCCUGUUCCUUCAGCGCCCGGCACUCCCACAUCAAUCCCGUUGCGGAUGAAUCCACCCAGUGUCGUGAGCCACAGCCGCAGAUCGUCAUUCUCUUCGCGGCGUUCCGUUUCCCCUGCCCCAACACUACCUCUUCCCGCCGUGAUGCCCAUGGAAGCCUCACCUAAGCCGCAGCUAGGCACCAAGAACGCGAGUCUUUACGCUAAUGAGACAUUGACGUCUUUCUUUCGCCGACUGACGUUUACCCCCGACGGCAGUCUGCUGCUAACGCCAUCGGGCCAGUAUCAAACUCAGCACCAAUCAGAAAAGGAUUCCAAACCGACCUACGAAGUCAUUAAUACCGUGUAUAUCUACACUCGAGGUGGUAUCAACAAGCCCCCAAUUGCCCAUCUGCCAGGCCACAAGAAGCCUUCUGUCGUGGUCAAAUGUUCUCCUGUAUACUACACACUGCGUCCAUCGCCUCCUGCUACGAUGCAUAUCACCAUCGACACUUCGUCAGCUGAAGAGCAGUUGCCCUCGUUACCAGAGCCCGUCUCCAAGUCAUCUCCUGGUGCUGCGGUAAUGGAACCACCACCGCCCCCAGCGAGUGUUUCAUCUGAGAACAGUGCUUCCCACUCGAAGCCUCUGAGUGUAGACACCGACGCAUCGACGCCUGGUCCAAAGCCAGCCUUUUCCCUUCCAUACCGUAUGGUGUACGCCGUUGCAACCCAAGAUUCAGUGUUAUUAUACGACACUCAGCAAAAGACGCCAAUUUGUGUUGUGAGCAAUUUGCAUUGCGCUACCUUUACUGACUUGGCCUGGUCGAGUGAUGGCCUUACCUUGGUGAUUUCAUCGUCGGACGGAUUCUGUUCAACUCUGUCGUUUGCAAGCGGGGAGUUGGGAGAAAUUUACAAGGGGGAAGUUGGACCUCCAAAGCCUACAGCGGCUUCAUCUACCAUGGCCUCAAAUCAAAACACACCAACCCCCACGCCCACAACGAGCUUCGCACCUCCGUCUCCUUUCCCAAAUGGGUCUCAUCACCAACACCGAAACUCAUCUAGUUCAUUCACAGCUCCAUCACCGCCGGCCACAGCGCCUGCCGGAUCACAACGACCAGCGUCGCCUACACGCUCCAACUCCACAUCGUCAAUUGCAACACAGUCCUCGUCAGUUCCUACGGGCGUUGUGAGCAAUCCGCCUCUUAUUGCAGGCAGUGUCCCAGCCUUAACGGCAACCAAUUCUUCCAAGGCCCAAGGCGUCCCCAUCACAACCCCACCCGAAACGCCUAGAAGUGCUGCCGGAAGCAUUGUGGGCACGAAGCGCGAUGCUAGCGAAAGUGAAAAGGAAGAGAUCAAGGAGCCAAAGAAGAGACGAAUUGCGCCAACGCCUGUGGAAAAGCUGUAA